GAUCUCGCGAUAUUCCCUGGUAGGUACGUUGAUGUAAUUAUAACAUGGCGGCCUCCUGUGUGCACAUAUACAAAGCAUGAGUUUUUGUUGACUAGUUGUAAAGGGUCUUGGUGGGUGUGAAGUCGAACCAUUUUGAAAGCUUCAUUUUAGUCACGAAGGACUGAAGCAAUUUCAGCCACCCGCUGACACCUACGACAGACGCAAGAAAGCAACAACAGCGAUCCGAGGUGCUGUGAUGUCCUCAGUCUCCCGUAGACUUGGCCAACCGCACCGCCGAAGGAAACACUACCCCAGUAGCACAUACCACACCAACGUUUGACUGACACCGGGUUCGGGGAGGGGAAAUCACAUCAUCAGACUUCGGGGGCAGGUGGUUUAAGCGGUUGCUUUUCUUAGGGAUCCCUUGAGUUGCAAGGCCAGGAGGUGAGGUGACAUGUCGGAAGCCCAGCAGUGCAAUGACGGAGGUGGGGUGUCGGUGUCUGGACAGGAGGCAGAAGGGGACGGAGAACCACCCCAUGGGAUUCCAUUGCCAUCCCAGUAUGGUGCUGAGGAGAGUGUGCGGGAGGUGAUGGGGCAGGAAGAGGAGGUACCCCCGGCUGCUAAACAGCAGCGAUUGGAUAAUGACGGGAUGGCGAUAAAUUGUGAGGUCACCUUAACGCCAGCAUGCUUGCAAGAAGAAGGCGGCCACCAGAACCAUGCCUCACCACUGAGCAUACACACAGAAUGUGGGCUUCCUUGUGACCUCGAGCGGGUAGCCGGAGGAGAAGGGGAGGCAGGUGGAGGAGAAAUAGAAGUGGACUUGCAGCCGAAUGGAGCAGAAGAGGAAGGGACACCUGAAGCAGUAGAGGAUCAUGGGAAUGAGCAAAAUGGUGGUGACAGUGCUGAAUGUACCCCCAGAGAAGAAGAAGAAGAACAACAACAACAACAACCACAAUACCUGGGUCUUGAUUUCAACCAGAACCCCCAAAUGUUGACAGGGUCUUGGGCUGAGUACACCAACUCCCCUGAGAACUACCUCAAAGGCUGCAAGUGGGCACCUGAUGGCUCCUGCGUGAUGUCCAACAGUGCAGACAACGUGCUGCGGGUCUACAACCUCCCUCCAGAGCUCUACAGCAACAACUGGGACCUGCUCACGGAGAUGACUCCAGUGUUGCGGAUGGCAGAAGGCGACACCAUCUACGACUACUGCUGGUACCCUAAGAUGAGCUCGCUGGACCCCGACACGUGCUUCAUUGCCAGCAGUAGUCGUGACAACCCGGUGCACAUUUGGGACGCCUUCUACGGCGACCUCCGUGCGACCUUCAGGCCAUACAACCACCUGGAUGAGCUGACGGCCGCCCACUCGCUCUGCUUCUCCCCCGACGGUGACCAGCUCUACUGCGGCUUUGACAAGAUGGUGCGCAUCUUCUAUACCGACCGGCCUGGCCGCGACUGCGAGGAGAGACCCACCAACGUGAAGAAGCAGGGACAGGGUGGCAUCAUCUCCUGCAUGGCGUUCAGCCCAUGCAAGUCCCUGUACGCGUGCGGCUCGUACUCGCGCAGCGUGGGCGUCUACGCGUGCCAGGAUGGCGAACUGCUUGCACUGCUGCCCUCUCGCCACCGGGGGGGGAUCACACACCUGCUCUUUGCGCCCAACGGACACCACCUCUACACGGGGGGCCGCAAGGACAAGGAGAUCCUUUGCUGGGACCUGAGAGAUCCGGGCCGGGUUCUGUUCUCCGUCAACAGGAGUGUAAACACCAACCAGCGUAUCUACUUUGACCUGGAUCCAUCGGGCAGGUAUUUGCUGAGUGGCGACACUGAUGGAAUGGUGUCAGUCUGGGAUACACUCACAGCGCCCACAGAUGGCCAGGAGGAAGUGCUGCAGCCUCAGCUCCAGUUCCAGGUCCACAGGGACUGUGCCAACGGCAUGAGUGUCCAUCCCUUUAUGCCCCUGCUGGUGACCUCCAGUGGGCAGCGGCACUUCAAGUGGCCAGGGCAAGGCGAGAGCGACUCGGGCUCCGACUCAGACGAGGACAGCGCCAUGAUGUCAUCAGACGGCGCUGCCCUCCCGCAGGACAACGCCCUCACCAUCUGGUGGGCCGGCCCACUGGGUUCCGUGGCCGAGGGGGGAAACGGAGCUGAACCAACCAGCGAGGGACCACUGACAGCCUAGUCCCCCACCCCCACCCCCCACCCCUCACCCGUCUCCAAUGGACUUAACCAAAUGUCUCCACUGCCGUUUUCAAACUCUGCUUGUGUGAAGUGAGGUGUACUUACUCUUAAAAUCACAAAAAGUCAUCCUGCCAAAUCAUUCCCCCUUCUUUGUAUGUGUAGGGGUGGUUACAUUUGAUGUGAACUUAGUUGAUUAAACUAAAAUUUAGUUCGUCUUUUUUUAGUUUAUGUUUUUUCUUUAUGAAAAGUUUCCAUCAACAGGCAGAAUAGACUCUUGAGAGGUGUCUUUCAGAGGAGACGUCUCUUUCAGAAGGUCCUUUGUGAUCGUUCUGAAAGGAGGACGUGUCUGUGGAAGCGAGAAGGUCUGGAGGGUCGAGGCGGAUGAGAAGCCUUGAGUUGCGCUGAAUAGAGAGAACAUUCUCGAGCGCAAGCUCCUUCACACGCAUGAAUUUCAAUCAUGCUUAGAAUGGGGAGAUGUGAUCCAAUGUCAGUCGUGUAAAGAAGGGGGGGGGAGGGGACAUGUUUACGUGUUAUAAAAGCCUGUAAUAAACUGGGGUGUGGGAGGCUAAUUCGCACCAGUAGAACAAUUAGCCGCAGGUGCCUCCUGCAUUCCGUCUGUGUAAACUUUACUUUCAGGGUAACAGGCGUUUGUGAUCAAUAUUAUUGACUUUGAAGCAUAUUUCUGGUCUUAGUCGACGUAUAAUUACUAGUAAACGUGUUGGUAUUAUUAGGCUCUUGGACCUGCUCACACAUUGUCCCUGGUCUGUCGCAGAACAGCAUAAAAUCACUGUACAAAUACAACACAGAAGAUAAAUAGGUUUUGAACCCUUUGUGCAGUUUAUAACUAAAAUGCGUCAACCAACUACCCCGACCGAAGGUGUCUGUGUGGGUUACCUGUAGCUGUAAGAGCGGUCUGCUAGGUGAAGGUUUAGCCAGCUCGCAGGUUGGUCAUCUGCCAAACUUCUCAGGAAUGGAAGGAGACCGAUGCAAGAGUCGCAAGCACAAUCACCCUCCCUGUCCUCUGUCGUGACUGCUCACCACAGAGUCUUCAGAUUGUACUGUCCUCUGUUGUGAGUUCUUACCAGAGUUGUUAGAUUGUACUUUACUGUAUUUUCAGUCACUUGUUAAGUGCCAUGCCGUUGCAGUGUGCUUUUGAAGAUUGAUCGCUGUCUCUACAAGCUUCAGAAGCGUGUUAGGUAUUGUGGUUAGUGCCAAGGUGAAUGUGUGUGUGUGAGUGUGUGAGUGAAGCUACCUGCUCUGUCUCUGGGCUUUAGAUUGCCUUUCAACCACUGAACACACACAGUGGUCCGUAAUCAUUUUCUGGAUGUGUAAGAGGAGUAUAUUAACCCAUCUUUGCGAGAGUUUUUUGUUUAUUUUUGCUGUUGGGUUUGUUUUAUUUUUCUAAGAAACGGUGAAAAGAUGUGCAGACUGAUCUGAGGCCAGUGGCUUGUGUGGUGAGGUUUGUACAUCUGGUUUAUUUUUUAGUGUUGAAAUGUUUUAGAAAAGACAUUAUUUGUGUAGCGCCAUUCCUUUGUGCGUCGAGGUCAUAGUUCAGGAGCAGCCAGCUUUUUAAGAGGAACACCUGAAACGAUGACCCUCAUGGUCAACUCAACAUGAAUAAAAAGACUUACUCAACC